AUGAUUUUUAGAGGCACUGGUAAUACGAGUACUGAUGGUACCUACAAGCCUUCAUUCCUAACGGACCAGGAAUUAAAGCACCUUAUUCUAGAAGCAGCCGAUGGGUUUCUUUUUGUAGUAAGCUGUGAUACCGGAAGAGUAAUAUACGUAUCGGAUUCCGUGGCACCGGUACUAAACUACUCACAAAGUGACUGGUACGGAUCUUGUUUGUACGACAACAUUCAUCCAGAAGAUGUAGAAAAGGUUCGAGAACAGCUGUCAACGCAAGAGCCUCAGAACACCGGAAGAAUACUAGAUUUGAAAAGCGGUACAGUUAAGAAAGAAGGAAAUCACUCUUCGAUGAGGUUGUGCAUGGGAUCCAGAAGAGGAUUUAUUUGUAGAAUGAAAGUCGGGAACCUGCCUCCAGAGAGCAUGAAUGUAGGUCAUUUAAAUCGCCUUAAGCAACGAAAUAGUUUAGGUCCAGGCCGUGAUGGUCAAAACUAUGCUGUUGUACAUUGUACAGGAUAUAUUAAAAAUUGGCCGCCUACAGGUAAACCCAAAAAAUACUACUUAAAAGCUAACUAA